GGUCAUCUGCAAACGCGAAGAGCCGAGCGGGUUUCCCCAACGGCGUUUACCAUAUGCUGCAGCGUUGAGAUCCGCCACGAUUCAUUUAGAGCCUUGGUAUAUAUGCACGGCAGUUAUGCUACUGCGGGCAAUUGGAUUGUUCGCGAAUGUUUCGUGAUAGACCCACUAUGCAGCCUCGGUAGGCUUGGAGCUCGAAGCGAAUGUGCAUGAAGGCGGCAUGACGUCGGUGUAUACUGUAGUUCUGGGCACCUUUGCUUAUCCCAGCAGGGCUACCUCUUGCGCAAAGUGACCUUGGAAUUGCCUCCCCUAGCUCGUGAUCUCAAGAUCUCACCCCGCAAGCUCGACAGAAGACACAGCGAGCGCCAACGCAAGUGCCACGAUGAAUACGCUCAAGAGCAUCGUUGGGUUGGGCAAGAAGGAGCAGGAGGGUCAGGAGCCAGUGUCGGGUGUGCAAGGCGAGGGCAAUGCUGUCGAGCCGUACGACGCAGGCAACAGCGAAGAGCCAGAGCUAGGCGGCAAAGCACCACAGCACACCGACCCAGAUCAGGUCAGCGGCCUGGCCCCUUCAGCUGAUACUAAAGCCGCAGACACUACCGCUAGCGGCAACCAGCAGUAGCGACGGCAAGAAGCCGAGCAUUGGCAGUCCCAGCUGGUUUAAGACUGCCAUCCCAAUCGGCAAGCGGAAGAGCGAGGCGACAGAGUCGCAUCAGCAUCAGCCGGCGCAGAGUGGGACGGUAGACGGGAGGCAGGAAGGCUCGCAGGAAACGACGGCAACGGAGAGCGGAUUGCCUCCUAACCAUCUUGGCGAGAACGUGCCAGAGGGCCACGCUGUAGAAGAGCGAAUAGAAACUGAAGUUCGCACUCCUGCGCCUGUAUCUGCGGAAGCUAGCAAAGAUAGCGCACCUACCGAGUCUGAAAAGCCUGCACAGGAGAAGACUAGCACAGAGCCUCAACGAGACUCAACCCAGCCGCAGAAUAGCUCUGUCGGCUUCCUCACCAGCAUGUUCACCUCCUCUUCCUCAAAGGUACAGCACGACACUGAGCAGGACGACGGCC